ACGCAAUACGCAUGUCUGUUUUUUUCGGAAGCUGCAGGACAGUGCGUAGCUCCAAAGAGGAAUAUUUAUUUUUGUUGGGACUCAGGUAGCGGUGACAACAGCUUCGGAUAUCAGGCGCAAUCUUCGCAGGAUUUCACAGGUGGCGGUGUCAGCAGCUGUUCCCUUUCAGGCUGCCCUGCGGUGCCUGGGAACGCAGUGUGUGCUCCGGCGAGAUGACCGACCAGGGCAACAACAACCAGAACAUUUCUUGCAACCCAUUCGCCGCCCUCUUCAGCUCAGUCGCCGACGCCAAACAGUUUGCAUCGGGCCAGAAACAGCAGGAACACCAGGGACCCCCAUCGGACGAGUUUGAUGAGAGUCCCUCAGAGUCGGAGGACUCCGUGUCUGACAGCAUUGAGGACAAUGACGAUUCGGUGGCUGAGAUCAGCCGCUCCUUCCGCUCCCGACAGGAGCUUUGCGAGCAGCUCAACGUCAAUCACAUGAUCCAGAGGAUCUUCCUUAUCACGCUGGACAACAGUGACCCCAGUCUCAGGGGUGGUAAUGGCAUCCCGCCUCGCUGCGUAUACCUGGAGGGGAUGGCGGCCGAUCUGGAUGGACAGGACUGGCUAGACAUGGACAACAUCGAGCAGGCCCUGUUCAACAGGCUGCUGCUUCCGGAGCCGGGAAAUCACCUGAUCUACAUGACCUCCUGCGGCGUGGCUAACCUGUCGGCUGACCGGGACGCUGGCGAGAAGUGUGCCGUCCCGUACCUCUACGCCUGCUACCAGAGGGCCAAGGAGGAGAUCACCAAAGUGCCCGAGAAGCUGCUGACCUUCGCUGUACGCUGUAAGACCCUGAGCUUGUCCAAUGCCCGCACCGUGCUUCUCACGCCCGAGAUCUACGUCAGCCAGAACGUCUACAAGCAGCUGCUGGACCUGCUGCUGGAGGGCGUCAGCGGGGCCCAGCUGGAUCAGGUGCUGGAGUUUAUGGAGGAGGUCAUAGCCGCCCUUGUGGCAGAUCAGGAGGUGCGCACUUUCGGGGAGGUUAUGGUGCCGGUCCUGGACAUAUUCCAGAGCUGCGUGAAGAAUCUGGACCUCUGCCAGUUGCUGCUGUAUUCCUACCUGGACAUCCUGAUCUUUUUCAGCCACCAGAAGGAUAUCGCCAAGGUCCUGGUGGAACACAUUCAGCCAAAAGACCCCAGCAAUGGGCUGCAGUACCAGAAGACUCUCCUGGGGACCGUGCUGAACAUCUCCUGCCUGCUGAAGACCCCCGGCGUGGUGGAGAACCACGGCUUCUUCCUAAACCCUUCCCGUUCCAGUCCGCAGGAAAUGAAGGUGCAGGAGUCCAACGUGCAUCAGUUUAUGGGCCAGUUCCACGACAAGCUGCACCAGGUCCUGAAGAAUCUGCUGCAGCAGAGUGGAGAUACACGACACCUGCUGCUCACCUGGCUGGGCAACUGCCUGCAAGCCAACGUCGGGCGAACCAAGAUCUGGGCCAACCAGAUGCCAGAGGUCUUCCUGCAGAUGUACGCCUCGGACGCGUUCUUCCUCAACCUCGGCGCCGCACUGCUCAAGCUGUGCCAGCCCUUCUGCCGCCCACGCUCCCCCAAGCUUCUGACCUUUAAUCCCACCUACUGCGCCCUCAAGGACCUGAGCGAGGAGGAGAGGCGGAACCGCAACGUGCACGCUAGGGGUCUGGACAAGGAGACGUGUCUGAUCCCCACUCCACCCCAGCAACCAGUGGAAUUUGCACAGUCCUACAAUCUCCUCACAGAGAACCUCAUUCUCACUCAAUCUGCCUUGCACCUGGGCUUUCACAGGCUCCACGACCAGAUGGUGAAGAUGAACCAGUCGCUCCAUCGGCUCCAGGGCACGUGGCGCGAGGCCCAGCACAGCACAGGGCCCGCGGCCGAGCAGCUCCGCGAGCAGUUCGAGCGCCUCAUGACCGCGUAUCUGUCCACCAAGGCGGCGGCCACACAGCCAGCCGUGCUGCAGUGCUGCCUCAGCCUGCAGGCCUCUACCGCCGCCCUGCUGGUGCAGCUCAGCCUAAGCAAUCAGGGCCCUGAACACGCCCCUCUCCGCUUCCCCCUGCCGCUAGUACAGUACAGCCUGCUGAGCUGUGUGCCAGAGUUUUUCGUGGAGAACAUGGGCGACUUCUUCAUCUUCUUACGGCGGUUUGCCGACGAGGUGCUGGAGUCUUCGGCCGAAUGCCUGGAGCAGGUCCUCAACUUCGUCACGAUCUUCAUGGGGGGUGUGGAGCGGAUGAAGAACCCACACUUGCGGGCGAAGCUGGCGGAGGUCCUGGAGGCAGUGAUGCCCCACAUGGAGCCCGCAGUGCCCGGGGCGGCACUACCGGUCAUGUUCCAGCGGCAGAGGGUCUUCUGCUCCUACAGCCACGCCCCUCAGCUGGCAGAGGCCCUUAUCACUGUGUUCGUGGAUAUUGAAUUCACGGGGGAUCCUCACCAAUUUGAGCAAAAGUUCAACUAUCGCCGGCCCAUGUACCCCAUCCUGAAGUACAUGUGGGGACAGGACAACUACAGGGACAGCAUAAAGCGAUUGGCCGACUACGCCGCGGAGAACCUGGAGGCCAUGAAUCCGCCCCUUUUCCUCCGGUUCCUCAACCUGUUGAUGAAUGACGCCAUAUUCCUGCUCGACGAAGCCAUACAGUACCUGAGCAAGAUUAAGGUCCUGCAGCUGGAGAGGGACCGGGGGGAGUGGGAGGGCCUGGCCCUGGACGCCCGUCGGGAGAAGGAGUCCAGCCUGCAGAUGUUUGGCCAGCUGGGCCGCUUCCACAACAUCAUGUCCAACGAGACCAUAGGGACGCUGGCCUUCCUCACAUCUGAGAUCAAGGGACUGUUCGUCCAUCCCUUCCUGGCCGAGCGGAUCAUUUCCAUGCUCAACUACUUCCUGCAGCACCUGGUGGGCCCCAAGAUGGGGGCGCUGAAGGUGAAGGACUUCAGCGAGUUCGAUUUCAAACCCCAGCAGCUUGUUUCUGACAUCUGCACCAUCUACCUCAACCUGGGCGAUGAGGAGAAUUUCUGUGCCACAGUACCGAAAGAUGGCCGGUCCUACUCACCAACCCUGUUCUCUCAGAUAGUCCGGGUGCUUAAGAAGAUCAACAAGCCCGGAGAUAUGAUAGUGUCUUUCAGUCUCCUGGCAGACAAGAUAAAGUCGCUGGCAGACAGACAACAGCAGGAGGAGGAAACCUAUUCAGACGCCCCAGACGAGUUCCUGGAUCCCAUCAUGUCCACGCUGAUGCUGGACCCCGUGCUCCUCCCCUCUUCGCACAUCACGGUCGACCGCUCCACCAUCGCACGCCACCUCCUCAGUGAUCAGACGGAUCCCUUUAACCGGAGCCCCCUGACCAUGGACCAAAUCCGGCCCAACGAGGAGCUGAAGCAGCAGAUCCAGCAGUGGUUAGCCGAGCGCAAGAAGGAGAGGAUGGAGAUGGGCCCCAGUGGAUAACCUGGACUGGCAGUUUGACCCCGUGACAACGCCUGCUGUCAGUGUCCUCUAGGCACCCUGCUUACUGAAAGAAUAAGUCUGGGGUGGGAAAUUGGACAGUUUUAACAGGUUAUCGUUAACCUACUGAAAAGUAUUUUACAAGUGGAAAAUCAAGUGUGAUAGAAGCAGCUCACAGUGUUCAAGUAAAGGAGAAACUUACCUUCAUAUGAUUUCUGAAGUUCUGUUUUAACAACAUUCACUAAAAAGAUUGUGUGUUACUCUCUCCCCUUAAAUAGAAGACCUUGCAUAAAAGCAUGGCUGAAUUUAUAAAUUGCAAGAUUCUGAAGAUCCGUAUCUUAUCUCCAUUUUGAUCUUUCUUGUGUUAAACCCAAUUUAGCCUAAUCGCAUAUGAAACUGACACGUGAUUGUCCAGUUCACAUGUUAGAAUAGUCACUAUUCUUUCAUUUUCUUGACCCAUAAGUCUUUCUUGGUUUGAGUUUUAAAAAAAAGACUGGAGAGGCAAAAACGAAUGUUGUCAUCCACUGUGCAUCCUAAAUGAAUAGGCGGCGAAAUGUUAUUUGCAAGAGGCUAUGUAGUGAGGACUUCCUGCCUCGUUAAUCUCUACACUUCGAUGGCUAAUAGUAAUGUUAAGGAUUAAUAUUCUUUUUUAUCUAAAUUGACAGAUUUUAUGUUUCUUUUUUAGAAAUGAUCAUUUCGAGCACUGUUCACAGAAGUGUUUUCCAGCCAAAAAGAAAUAGUAUGAAAUUGGAGACUAUUAAAAAUCUUUUUUUUUUUUUUUUUAAAGUUACCAGUAGUGGUACUUUAAGAGCCAUAUAGAACUGUGUUACGCUUAAAUUGGUGAUGGAAUUUCCAUAUCUGUUGUAUCUUACAAUUGAUUUUUACUAAAGUAGUAACUUCCCUCCAUGUAUUAUUUGUGAUAUAUAUUUUUUUCCUUUAUUGAUUAAACUAAUUAAUGGAAACUGAAAGACAGAAUAGUGGUGUGCAGGUUGAAACUGGUACAGGUUAUUAAGCCAAAUACAAAAAAAGAUAAUAAUAAGUAUAUAUGUCCAGUUCCUGUUAGGGGCUUUGCCAGUGUCAGUACUGACAAUUAAAGGUAAUCAGCCAUUUUAUCACGUUUAUGCAAGUACAUGAGAUGGGCGUUAACUUCCUAUGAUUGGUAAGAGUGCAGGUUUGGCCCAUGGUCUGAAGUCCUUUAUUACUUGAAUAGUUUGGGAGGAAUUACCCCACCUGUUUGUUCAGCUUGCAGGUACUAAAACUGUCCAUGUGUUGGCAAAGAUCCCCUUCGGUUUUCCACAGAAAUGCAGUUUAGCACAGGCUUUCCCUUCAAGUUGCCCUUUCUAAUGUACUGUUUGUCUUUCCUACUCAUUUUGGGCAGUUGUUUGGUGAAGUAUAUGCUGAAAUAGAGUGGGGGGUGGAAAUGUUUAUACUGUACAGCUGGAAUAGAAUAUAUAUAUAUGUAUAAAUGCAAAACCUGUACAAAAUGACCAUAUGAGGAUGACAAUAAAAUGAGAAAUUCA